AUGUCAGCAAAUUCAAGUUCACGAUACAAUCAAUCUGCACGGCCCUCGUCACCUCACACGCCCCAGCAGCAACUUCGGUCGGGCAAUACGUCGUUCGCCAGUACCACAUCACCAGGCUCCUCCUUUCGAAACGAAGACGAUGCGAUCAUAUUUGAGAUAGGCGCACGAUGGCUACGGGCUGGAUUUGAAGGAAAUUGUGCUCCGGCUUGUGUGUUAGGAUUUGGACCCGAGAAAUCAAGAAGAGCAGGGGACUAUCGUGGCUGGAUUCAGGGAGCUGCUGGGGUUAGCCCACCACCAAAACCUGUCACCCCUGAAGAAUGGGUACAGGAUUAUGAACUAUGGCAGCCAGACAUCCGCAACAUCGAUCUGGGCUUGGUGGAAGACAAGAUUGAACGCGUGUUCCGGGAAACCUACAACCAACACCUCUUAACGGACGCCGGGUCGUCCCGCCUAGUUUUGACUCUUCCAUCUCUCAUGCCACACCCAAUCCUAUCGUCAUUGCUUUCUACGCUGUUCAGUCGCUGGCGCUUUCCUAGUAUCACGCUUCUCCCGAGUGCGACCAUGUCGGCUACAGCCGCGGGCUUGCGGUCUGCUCUCAUAGUGGACCUAGGGUGGGCGGAAACCACGGCGACAGGUAUUUAUGAGUACCGGGAUGUCGUCACAAAGCGAAGCACAAGAGCGAUGAAGUCUCUCCUGCAGGAAAUGGGCCGGCUCCUCACAACCCUGAAAUCAAACGAGGAGCCUCAUGAUAUUACCGACGGUCAAAUUUCGGUGGGCCUUGCAUACUGCGAGGAAGUUGUCAGCCGAUUUUCGUGGUGCAAGUCGACGUCUGAAGAAGGCAACAAGCCAGAAGAGCUGGAAAGGACUAUCUUGAUUCCAUCUCCUACCAACCCGGAGCAAGAAUUUUGCGACAUCGCAUUCUCUCGUUUGGCAGAACCCGUUGAAAAGAUUCUCUUGGCGUCAGGAUUAGCAGAGCAUGAAUUGGAUGACGAUGAAACACCUAUUCCCCUACUUGUCUACAAUGCCCUCUUGGCUUUACCGCCCGAUUCUCGUGGAACAUGCAUGUCACGUAUCGUCUUCGUGGGCGGCGGAGCUCGAAUUCCGGGGCUGCGACAGCGAAUUCUGAAAGAAGUGUCUUUGUUAAUUCAACGGCAUGGAUGGAGUGCCAUCCGCGGCAAGGCCAUUGAACGACAACGCCGGCGAUUGGAAGACCUUCGUGUUUCAUCUCACAUCAACGGCGAGAAGCCGACAAACAGUGAUAAACCAUUCUCAGGCGAUGACGACAAGCCCGACCCUUCACAGGAGGAGCCUGAGAUUGAUUUCGUAGAGCAGAAGCUACGUCGUCAAAACAGGGACACGCCCGCUCCUGUCCACGGUAUUCUACGCGAAGUUGAAUCUCUGGGGGCCUGGGCAGGCGCUAGUCUAGUGACAAGCCUGAAGAUUCGUGGAAUGGUCGAGAUCGAGCGUGAGAAAUUCCUCCAGCAUGGACUCGCGGGAGCAACCCGCGACUUGGAUCAUCCUGUUCCCGAUCGUCGAUCUGGUCUGAGAGCUGGCGAUCGGUCGAGCUGGACUCUGGCAGGCUGGGCAUGA